AUGUUGAGGCGAUACCUGCCCGUCCGGGGAUGGCUUGGCCGGCGGCGCUCCGUCGUGCUCAUCGCCCUGCUAGCCUUGUUCUUGCUAGUCAGGAGUCUGCCAGCGCUGAAAAGUGAAUUGGAUGGCCGUGUGGGCCUUGCGCUCCCCGAGGACCGGCCGCGAUACCUCUACCACUCCGCAUUCCGCAAGAACCCAGAUCGGAUGUAUGAAGAGCAGCUGUCGAAUGCACUGCAAGAAAUUGAGCGGCAGCAAUUAUCGCUGACUGGCGACGAGGAUAAGACGCAUACAUUAUGGCAGAUCAUGCUGGGGCUGGACCCCAGCGCGGAAAUCCGGGGUGACGAUUCACUGACAUUCGAGAAGAAGAAUUCCGAAUGGAAAUACAAGGUAAGAUCGCGAGAACUGGUCCUCUGCGUAUGUCGCAACUCGGCGCGCAUCUCGCUGACUAUCGCAAAUAACCAGCUCGUGACCACCGAAUGGGCCGAAGAAUUCAUAACGAUCACUCUUGCCUCCAUCCCAGGCCUCGCCACUCUUUACCAUUCAUACCCACAUCACGUCCUCCGCGCGGAUCUACUGCGCUAUCUAAUGCUAUGGUACUUCGGCGGCUACUACGCCGACACGGACGUUUUCCCCGCUCGAUCUAUCAAACAAUGCCCAUCACUACAGAACUCCGUAUUCCAAACCGACAACCCCGAUAUCUCACUCGUCGUGGGCAUCGAAAUUGACGAACCAUUUGCUUCGCCCCAGAAAAUGCACGACUGGCACUGGGUCCGCAGCUACGGCUUCAUCCAGUACACCAUGUACGCACCGCGUCGCUUCAGUCCACUACUGAGAGAAGUGAUUAUCCGAGUCCUAUCACAUACCAAGCGCCACAUCGACGAAAGUAACAUCUUUCUCGGGGCGCGAUAUAAUGAACUCACUACCCUUGAAAUCACUGGACCGGGCGUCUUCACCGAUGCCAUUCUAGACGUGUUAUCGGACACGUUACCCGCAAACCACUCGUUAAUCUCACAGUCACUCAAGGCAGAUGCAGGCCUGGGCGACCUCGUACCGGAGUAUUCAAGCGUCCCGCAAGAGCGCGUGACCUGGGCACCGUUCUACCGACUCGAGACACCAUUGUGCGUCGAAGGCUCCGAGGCUAAACCGGGCACUCAGCUGGGUGGACUGUGUGUUCUCCCUGUGAAUGCUUGGGGUAAUGGGCAGAGACAUAGCGGAUCAGAAGAUUUUGGCAGCUCUCAUGCCUGCAUCAACCAUCGGUUUGGUGGGACGUGGAAGCCGUGGAAGCAGAGCUGGAAGAAGUAUCUCUUUGGAUGA